AUGCGGUUGCUGCUGCUCGCGGCGAAGUGUGGUGUGCAUCCCCCACGAACGCGACAACAACAACAGAAACAACAACAACGACUUUCACAUCGUCAGAGCACGCAGUUUUGUUCUGCUUUUUCAUCAUUAUCAUCGCAAAACAACAACGGGGAAAACUUUAUCCAAAUCGGACGAAUAAAACGUCGUCGUCACCAGCGGGUUUGUGCUGCUUCCGAGAGUAAUACUAAUAAUAAGAAGAACAACAACACCGACGACGACGACGAGAUGAUGAUGAAGAGUAAGAAGAAAUCACCAAAACAACCAAAAGUCCCGAAACUCGAGGAUGUCGUCUUCGAAUAUCUCAACGAGAGCACGAAAUUCGUCGUCUCUGCAACCGCGAUGGUCUUUUUGAUGUUCCAUCCGACGGUGGAAACGUGUUGGUGUUUACUCGGCUCUAUCGUCAAUUCCGUGAACGGGAAGUUAUUAAAACGCGCGUUAAAUCACUCCCGACCGGAUGGUGCGAAGAAAGUCGACCCCGGGAUGCCGUCCUCGCACGCGACGAGUUUGAGUUAUUUGAGUUGGUACGCCGCGUUGGCGUUUGCGUUCGAGCCGAACGCGUUCGGGUUAGCGACGACCGUCACGAGAACGCUCGCGUUUGGUUUAGUUUCUCUGGGCGCGUUUUUAGCGUACUUACGCGUCAAACUCGGCUUUCACACGUGGCCGCAAGUAUACGUCGGCUACGGGUUAGGGUCAUCCACCGCUCUCGUUUGGAUUUUGUUCGGCAAAGGAUAUUUAAUCCAACACUUGGCGAGACAUCCGGAACGACUGAAAAAUCUGCACGCGUGUCUGGUCGUCGCCAUCGGAUUGUUCGCCUUGAGCGCGAUUAAAUGGGUGAAAGAAUUGGUUAAAUCAUCAUCCAAGAGUAAAAAACAGAACGCGUAA